AUGCCUUUAGCGGUGGGACUUGGUCUUGGUAUUCUGCAUGCACAAAUAACCGCUUAUGAUCCUCAACGUCGUACACGCACUUCAUCUUCGAGGCGCACUCCGGGAUCGGCUUUUUCGGACUCUAUUGUCGGUCCUGAAUCUUUACCACCACCACUACCACCACAUCCACAGUCUUCAAUAGCUGUAGAAACGCAGUCCAAUCUUUCCAAUCAUGCAAGUGCAACAACGCAGCCAUGUCUUCCGGCGGAGACCACCGAAUCCAACCCCGCAACAAAGGACAAUGCAAAUCUAUUAUCCUCUCCUUGCCACAUUCCAAACAAAGGCAAUCAGUUGGACAAUUCACUCGAAAUAUUGUCUCAUCAGUUGGUCGAGACUGAGGGUGAUGAGGUGUUGAGACUAAAAGCGGAAAAAUCGCCUAAUUACCUGACAGAGGGAAGCGGGGCUGGCGAUGGGGUACCGGCGGAUCCAAUUCCUAUUGGUCACCGCCGUCGCGCCCUCUCGCUUAAAACGGUUUCCCACACCCGUGGCAAGGUGUUCGGCAAUGGUGGUGGAGGUUCUCAAAGGGAGGCUCCACUCGAGCGCAAGUCUUCAUCGGGUGCUGGCAAUGAUGCUGACGUGGAGAGUGAUCAAGAGGCCUAUGAUGGCAAGCUGCGAUAUUGCCUCCGCAAGCGCAGUGCCUCCCUCAGUCCCGACUUCUGCCUUUCUGUGUCUACCACUCCGCCAUCAGUUUCUCCGCUAGAACAGAAGAUUAAGCACUUCAAAGAGGCCAAAAUGCGGGGCAUUACUGACCCGGAAGUAUUUGCCGGUUACCAGUUGAAGCAGUUGUCCGGACCUGUCCUUGUGGGACAGCAGUUAUCGCCACCCUCGAAGAGUGUCUCGAAGUGGAAGACUUGU